ACAAAUUUUAAAUGAUCGUCCGCACAGUUUGUUGUUUUGUCAUAACUUCGUAAAAAGUUGGCCCGUCCGACCUGCUUUGUAACAAAACAAAUAAAGUGGAUUGUUUUAAAACGUUUUUUGACGAUAAAUAAAGUAGAAAAAAGAUUUUGAAGAAUGGAGUCUCGAUUUGCAAGCCUGCGCCAGCGAGACACCAGCGUGUCCAUGCUGCGGGUCAAAAUGUCCAGAAGGAGGUCUCAGACCCAGAAAGAGAACCGGCAGCGGGCCAUGAAUACGCGCCGGCAGCUCGACAAGCUUCCAGAGCUGGAAAUGUCUUCUCUGGAUGCAUCUAUGGCCAGGAGCAACGUGUCAGCCCUGCAGGAGAGGGAGACCAACGCCAAACCAGAGAAAAUAAAAGCACAAGAAGAGAGGCUGAAGCAGCUGGAGCGCUGGAAAGAACGGAAAGCUCUUGAAAGGGAAAAGGAAAAGAGAGAAAAGCAGCAAAAAGGCGUCUUUAAAACGGGUCUUUAUCAUCCAAAGGACAUCUGCACAGGACCUGCUGUCCCUCCUGUUUCAGCCAAGCAUAAGGAGGUGAGGAAGGAGUUGUGUUUCACCUUAGAAAGCAAAAAAAAGGUGACUGUGGCUCCAUCCCAGAGCACCAGAGUCACCCGUUCAAUGAAGCAGCAGCAGGAAACCCAGGAGCCUCUGAAGAUGCAGAAUCCAAUCACUGCACAAAGCAAGGUAAAACCGGAUUUUGGAGCCAGAUCGAACCGGCUCCGCGUAGCCCCGGUGAAAGCGGCACCUUCGGCCACCAAGUCCAACUCUUGUAAUGCUGGACCUGCAGUCCAACCCUUAUCCAGCAGAUCAGCCAAGAGGCCUCCUGUUCCAAAAACCUCGGCGGUGAAAGAUAAGCCAAAGGAAAAGGUGGCAGAUGUGAGAACAACGAGAGCCAAAGCGGCUCUGAGCUCAGUGGCUCCCUCAUCUGGCCACACAAAGAGCAGUAAUGGUCAAAUCACAGGAGCAGCCCACUUAGUGAUUAACCCAAUCCACCCCACCCAGGAUGAAAAACUGAAUGAGGAAAACAUGGAGGAGGCAGAAAACAUGGCAUCUCCUCCCAGGCAAGCAGGAUCUGCGGAUGAAGACGACAUGCAGGUGGACCGACCGCCCGAGGAAUCUGUUCCUGCUGUGGAGGCUGCUCCUCCAUCGUUUGCUCCCAGGGAUUUUAUCUUCCAGGCUCCGACUGGUUUGUCAUCCUUCAAGUUUGAGCCCCUCACUCCUCGCUCAGCUGAUGCCUUCCUCACUCCAAGCCCAACCUUAAUCCUCCCACCGGUUUCGUCGUUCACUCUCCACCCUCAAGCUGAGUUAAGCAAACCGUCUCCCCCUAAAACGUCUCACCAAUCUCCACGUGGUACCUCCGCCGCCGUCACUGCUCCGCCUCCCUGCAGCCCCCUGGAGUCGAAGCACGAUGUACCAUACUUCAGAUCGGAAAUUGCCAAAGAAACCGUGAGACUCACGACUUUUUGUCACCACUGGGAGCCUAAAGUGGAAGAUGAAUCCAUACCAGAGGAAAUGAGAGAUCGCAUGCGUACGGCUGUGGGUCAGGCGAGGCUGCUGAUGAAAGAGCGUUUUAAGCAGUUCAGCGGCCUCGUAGACGACUGCGAUUUGGGCCGAGGGGAGAAGGUCACCACCUGCACUGACCUGCAGGGAUUCUGGGAUAUGGUUUAUUACCAGGUUGAAGACGUCAACAAGAAGUUUGACGCUCUCAAAGAGGCGGAGGGCCGAUCCUGGGUGGAGGAAUGCAAACCUCCACCUCGACAGAGGAAAACGGUGAAGAAGCCGUCUGCUGCACCGGCAAAGGCUACAGGAACCAACGCCGCCGCAAAGUCUCGCCUGGCUGCAGUGAAAGCAGCCAUGAAAGCCAAACAACAGGCAGCCGAGGCAGAGAAGGCGUCCCAGGACUCCACCAGCGGCGACCUCCCCUCCCAAAAACCGGGCCCUCAAGCUGAGGCCUUGAAGUUGGACGCGGUGGUCUUUGAUGGGGGGUUCUUUAAAGUGGAGAGCCCAGCCAAAUCAUCAAUCAGGAGAUCCAGCCGUCUGAGUGCUGCUGUGCUGCCUCUGGCCUCCCCCUGCUCCUCGUAUCGCACACCUAGAAGGGCCGCACAGCGGCCCCUUGCUUUGGAGCGCACCCCCAUUGGUUCUCGUGCUUCCCCUGUUCAGCUUUCCCGCCCCACCCUUGAGCAAGCUCCAACGCCAAAGUGUCAGCCAGACAUCCAGGGAAUAGACGGCCCCGCAAACGCCUCUCUCUGCUUCUCACCUGUGAAGGAACUGCCCUCCAGUGAGGAGACAUCUGACGGAAGCCCCGCCCAGAAGGCAGGGGGUGCCUCCCCCCCAACCGUUUCUGUAGAAAGGAACUCUGCAGAACCAACUGAAGGGACUCCCCUCUCUGCCGCACACUGCAUCCCUUCAAGCAAAUCCCCCUCUCCCGCCCCCCAUGUUCCUGAGCCGCCAUCCGGCCUGAGUUUUGUGCUGUCGCCGUGUGCACCUCUGACCUCUGCUGCUGCUGAAGCCCCACAGGCUGUGUACCAAACGCCAAACAGCUCAGUCGUUGAGGAAGUUCCUGGUUUGGACUUCGACCGUUACUUCCAGCCUUCGCAGAGAUGCAGUCUGUCUCCGAGAGAGCCGGUUGCAGAAGAGACUUUGUCUCCCAUGGCAACAGAUGUAGAGAUGGAGGGCCCCAGAGGGCAAGCAGAGGAACUUCCAGCACUGUCAGCGGUGUCUUCGGUGUUUUCUCCUCGGUCACCACAGGUGCAGAGUGCAAAGGCUGCCCUGCUGCUCUUCACUCCGGAUCUGAAGGACAGAAUACGCCAGUCAGUCUGUCCAACUGACCUCAUGUCCUUCACCCCUCCUAACUUCUAAACGUUUUUUAUCCGUCUUAUGAUCACUUUUUACAAAACAUGUUAAAUAAAGUUUUGUUUAAAAAA